AAGACAGAUUUUUUUAACCUUUCACCUUUGACAUUCAACAGUUGCAGAGUGAAACGAUGCCGUGCCUCAACCUCUCCACCAACGUUAACCUAGACGGCGUCGACACCUCUUCCAUUCUCUCCGAAGCCACCUCAACUGUCGCCAGCAUCAUCGGCAAACCCGAGGCCUAUGUGAUGAUUGUAUUGAAAGGAUCAGUGCCUAUAUCUCAUGGUGGGAGUGAGCAGCCAGCAGCUUACGGUGAAUUGGUGUCCAUUGGUGGUCUUAGCCCUGACGUGAACGAGAAACUCAGUGCUGGCAUUGCUUCAAUUCUCGAAAACAAGUUGUCUGUGCCGAAGUCCCGAUUCUACUUGAAGUUUUAUGACACUAAGGCCCAUCAGAGUCAAGAAUAUGCACAAUGUUUGCAUGCUUUACACCAGCACUAGGUCAUGGUUCCAAUUUUGGAUGGAAUGGAUCUACAUUCUGAAUUCCGAGUUAUCUUGGUAACGAUGCCAUGGAUGUCGGAUGAACUCGUGAUUCUGUUUUAGAACUUUUUUUAUCUGUAAAAAGUACUCUGAAUUUCAUAUACCCCCUUUGAGGACAUUAUGCCAUCGUAAUUGGAUUAUGUUCAAGGACAACUGGGGGUCCUAUAUGUAUAAGAUGCAAUCACUGGACAAACAUUAUCUGGUGACCUUAAGAUGAGCGUCUUUUUAGUGGUGAAUUAGAAUUAUGCAUGGUUAAACUUGAGACUUUGGUGAUACAUGACGGAUCCUUUUGCUAUUAUUACGGUAUUAUUUUGUAGUUCCAAGAA